AUGGCCAAACGACUUAGUUUGGCAGAGAAAUAUGCCCAGUCUAAGCAAAGUACCACCACCAAAUCACCAGAGUCUUCAAUAAAACAUUAUACUUUGCUAAGGUCUCCAUAUCGGAGACGCUCCCCUAAAAAAUUCACGUACUCACCAAAACUACAGAACCUCACAUCUCAAAUACCCGAGCUCAAACCACAUAUUCCAAAACUAGAUAAUAUCCAAAUCAAUGGUAACUGGAAAGCAAGAAGCCCAAUUCGUCCUAUCAGAAAACCAAUUCUAUUGACCCCAAACAGAAUAAAGCGAACCUCCCUGUUGUACAAAGUGUUGCCUUAUGAGCUGAAUAACCUAAACUUGGGUACCAAUGGUAUCAGAAAAGAUCGGAGCUGGAGAAGUAAAAAAGACUCUUCGCAAGGACUUGUUAGGGAAGGUGUUUUUCAGAAACUCAAGAAUUUUUUAAGCAAAUUCAGUUUAGAAGAACAAGAGCGGAAAAACUUAGAGUUUGAAGCAUUGAGAGAAUCAGCUAAAAAUGUCCUCUCAUUUCCCGUGAAUGAAAGGAGCCAAAGGGAGAAUGAGAGCCCACUUAGGUCAAGAAGGAGAUUCCAAGAUGAUGACGACGAAGUUGACGCGAUGGUGCAAAAAGCUAAAUUACAAUUGGAAAAGAACAAAAGGAGCGAGGAAAAGCAGGAACUCUUGCAAAUAAUAGAGAAGGAGAAACUUGAGCGGAAAAAUCUUCAGGAAGACUAUGAACGCCGGAUUUAUCUCAUGGAACAAACACACAAAGCAAGAAUACAGGAGCUUUCUCAAGAGAUUGAAAACCUAACGUACAAGGCCAGUCUGCAUUACCAAGAGAUUGAGGCACAAAGGCUAAAAGAGUUAGAGAGUUCCGUGAUGAAGGAAAAUGAGUCCUUUUUACUUCAGCAAAAGGAAAAUGAAGAGCGCCUCCAACUAAUAAGGGCACGAUUCGAACGAAAAGAAGAGGAACUUAAGGCAAAGGAGGAAAGAUUGGAAGAGAUGAAGAAAGAGAUAGAAAACUCGCGUAGAGAGAUGAACAAUAUUCCGGCAACCAAACAGAGCUCGAUCGCACCGAUAACAGUUCAUAGGACGUCAUCUUUUUCCGUAUUGGAGGAGGAGGGAGCAAAUGGAACCCAAGUCAACGAUCUUGCGACAGAUGUCGAGACCAUCAAUCGUGCAUCCAAAAUCAAUGAGAUUCAAGUGAUCAACUUUUACGACAUGAUGCAAAAAAUUUCUGAACGAAUCAUUCAAAAGGAAACGGAUUUCUCACCGAAUGAAAGGCGUCUUCUUGAAAGUCUCGAAGAGAUUGUGAAUUCCCUAGAUGAACACAUGAGUAUUAGUCCAACAGACCAGGAUGAGUAUACAACCAAACUUGAUGAAUAUUCAUCGUUUUUCGAUAAGUUCAAUCCAUUGUUGAAGGAGAACCCACAACAAGCCCGUCAAACAUACAACCGUACAACAUUGAAGGGAAUCGAAGAGUCAUUUGAAAGACUCAGCAAAAGUUUGAAGCGGAAACUCACCAAACGAGCAUUUCAACUACGCGAUCUCGAAAGCCAAUAUGAUAAGACAAGGAUUAGUGAGUAUGACUACAAUCAGCCCAAGAUAGGCCAGGCUGUCCAGGUUCUCAAGAGAAAAACUAUAUUGAUUGCGCAACAAAAGAAGACAAUAAGUCUUUUAGAUCGCCUUGGCUUAUUGACAUCGACGAUCCACAAAAUUCGAAGUUCGCUAGCCGAGAGUAUGUAA